GUUUAAGCUUGCUUUCCUUUGCUCAGCCUCAGGUUUCGAAACACCUGUCUCAGCUCGAAGAAUGCUUUUUUUUGUGGGGUGGGGGAAGAGGAAGAAAAAUCUGCAAACAGGACCCCCAGCUUCGGGCUAUGCAAAUAAACCAACGUCGUCUUGGAGAGCCGGGAACAGUUAUUAGUCCUCCUGCCAUGUGGAAACCGAAGCGCUUUGCCUGAAAUUAAGUGUAAGCAGAAACGUCUGAUUAACAGCCUCGGGGUGCUUGUUUCUCGUGCUUCUCCAGUAGAAGACAAUGGGACUUACAGAUGUCUUGAGACUUGACUUCGUUGAGACUAAUCUUAUAACGGCCACACUGACUUUUCUGGUGAUAAUGUUGGUUCUCCUUGCUUGGCACACGACCUCUUCGUUCUCCAGGCUGGAUAAAGUGGGAAUCCGUCAUCCUCCACCUUUGCCUUUCAUUGGAAAUCUGCUAUAUUUUCAUGAGGGCUUUUGGGAGAGCCACAACAAGCUGAUCAGCAAUUAUGGACCUUCUUGUGGGUAUUACAUUGGUCAGCGAAUGUACAUAGUGAUAUCUGAGCCAGAUAUGAUCAAAUGUGUCUUACAAGAUGAUUUCAGAAACUUCAGGAACCGAAUGAGUCCAGAUUUGGUUUUUAAGCCAUUUGCAGACAGCAUUGUCAUGUUGCGUGAUGAGAAGUGGGAAAAGGUCCGGAGCGUCUUGACCCCAGCCUUCAGUAUUGCAAAGAUAAAGGAGAUAACUCCGCUAAUUGAUGAGGCAUGUGAUAUCCUGCUGAAUAACUUAAAAGUCUAUGCAGAUUCUGGUACUGCUUUUGACAUUCAAAGGAAUUAUGGCUGCUUCAUGUUGGAUAUUGUUGCAAGUGUAGCUUUUGGUACCCGUGUUAAUUCUCAGAAGGCUCCUAAUGACAUUUUUGUUAAGUACACCAGAAGAUUCUUUGAACCUUUAAUAACUAAACCUCUUCUCAUCCUUGCUGUUGCAUUUCCAUUUAUAAUGAUCCCACUACUUUGCAUUUUGCCAAAUAAGAAACGAGAUGAAGUGAAUGGAUUUUUUAUCAGUCUCAUCAAGAAUAUGAUUACCUUGCGAGACCAACAGGAUCCAAAUGAGAAACGCAGGGACUUUCUCCAGCUGAUGCUUGAUGCUCGGAUCCCGACCACUGACAUCGUCAUGGGGCAGCCAGACAGAGUCAGUCAAGACGAUUUCCCCGAAGCUCUGCCCAAAAAGCAGCAGAUGUGGUUGAGUGAUGAUGAGAUAGCUGGACAAGCCUCCUUGUUCCUAAUUGCUGGCUAUGAAACCAGCAACAGCACACUUUCCUUUGGCACUUACCUGCUGGCUACCAACCCCCAAUGCCAGGAGAAGCUGCUGCAAGAGGUGGAUGACUUCUUUUCAAAACAUGACAUUCCAGAUUAUGAAAAUAUACAGGAACUUCCAUAUCUUGAUAUGGUGAUAGCAGAGACUCUGCGCAUGUAUCCUCCAGCAUUCAGGUUUACCCGGGAAGCAGCCAAAGACUGUUCGGUGCUGAAGCAGCAAGUCCCAGCUGGCGCUAUCAUAGAAAUUGCUGUUGGACACCUCCAUUAUAAGCCAAAGUUCUGGCCAGAACCUGAAAAGUUUAUUCCUGAGAGAUUCACAGCUGAGGCUAUGGAGCAGCAACAUCCUUUUGCUUAUCUGCCCUUUGGGGCAGGUCCUCGUGGCUGCAUUGGCAUGAAAUUGGCCUUGAUGACAAUAAAAAUUGCACUGUUAAGAAUUUUGCAAAGGUUCAUGUUCAAAUCCUGUCCUGAGACCCAGAUCCCUUUGCAGGUCAAAUCUCACAGCACACUAGGACCACGGGAUGGUGUCUUCAUCAAGAUUGUUCCUCGUUAAGAUAGUAGCAUCCUCCCAUUCUUUUUUCAGAAGCUUUGGCUUACCUCAUACCGAAAACCUAUUUGUAACAUGGAAAAACCUGUUAAAGGCAUCAGAACUUACCUCAGUCUGCCUUCUAGCCUUAAUCAACUUACAGUGCUAAAUUCCAAAGACUGUUAAACUUCUAUGCUUGCAAACUUAACCUUUUGUGCCUGAUAUGCAUCUAAGCUUUAAAAGCAUAUGUUGUGUGGAGAUAUGCUGUGUGGAGGGGAUAUUUGCUAAUAAUGAAAGUAGGAUGCUCAUAAACUGUUUUAGCUGUUGCUAAAAAAUGUUUAAAAUUUAAAAAAAAAUUUUUUUUUAAAUGUUUUAAUUUUUUAAAAAUUCAGGCUGUUAUAAUUGGUCAGUCAUCAGCUUAGCCUCUGUUUUCUCUUAAGAGUUGUUCCUCUCCUGUCUAAGGUUUACCUGGGCACUUCUGCAGCCCAAGGUAUAACUAACAAUCUGGAACCUAGUGUUUUGCCCUUUCUUCCAAACAGUCUUCUCCAAUCCAGUUGUCUAUCCACGUGAUAGCUUAUAAUCCUCUUUCACCCUCUGGCUUGGUUAAUGGCAAUUCAUAAUAACUGUGAGAACUAGAAAUAAAAUGCACUGCCGUUGUUUAUAUAACAUGUUCUAAAAAUUUUUUUUCCAUGGAAUCCAUAUUUUAUUUCAGCUGAAAAUCAUUGGUUUUAAAGCAGCGCCCCCUAACCUUUUGGGUACCAGUUCCAUGGAGAAAGGUUUUCCCACAGACCAGAAAGGCAUGGUUUUACCUGCUGCCUGCAUCUCGCGGAUGGGCUUCACAAGUUUGCUGGAAUGCUGUGGACCGAUGCCUGUCCAUGGACUGGGGGGUUAGGGACCCUCGUUUUAAAACACAUCUUGAAGAAAACUGCUUUCAUCAUCUUAAAGAAUAUAUUUUAUACAGAAACGUUUCUAAACUAUUCUUGUUGAUUGUUAAAUGUUAGACCUUAUAUGUAUAGUUUAAUUCCUAUGAAUAUGUAGAUAGUCCUCAACUUACAACCACAUUUGGGGUCAGAAUUUCCACUGCUAAGCAAGGCAGUUGCUAAGUGGGUCUUGGCCCCUUUUAUGACCUUUUUUGCCACAGGUCAGUGAGUCAAUGUAAUUGUUAAGUGAAUCCUUACAGUAAUUGGACAAAAUAGGUUCUCCCGCCCUGCCCCCAUUGACUUUGCUUGUUGAAAGCCAACUUGAAGAAUGGCAGAAGCCAAUCACAUGAUCCCAGGAUGCUGUAACUAUUGUAAAUACAUGCUGGUUGCCAAGUGUCUGAAUUUUGAUCACAUGACUGUGGGGGGAUAUUGUGAUGGUUUGUAAGUGUCAGCAGUGAUCGUAAGUCACUUUUUCAAUGCUGUUGUAACUCUGAACAGUCACUAAACAAAUGGUUAUAAGUGGAGUACUGCCUGUAUUUUUUUACAUGUAGAAAAUAAAAAGAUUCU